AGUGUCUGCUGGUUCACUCUGCUGACAACAUGCUGCUGCUGCUGCUCCUCUCUUAUUUCUGGUUUUUGCUGCUUGUGUACUGCUUUAUAUUGGAUUAACGCCUACACUUGUCAAAUUAAACUGCAUCUGCUACAUCUGCUGACCAUAGCAUCAGCCUAUCCAGGUCUUAUCAAGAAAAUGAAAGCAUGAUGAGACGCGUUGCAAUGCAACGAUCACUCUAGGUGAAAGUUAUGCUGGGUGGAGGAGGAAGUUGUGGUGGGCCAGUGUCUUGGUGGUGUAGUGAAGCCUGGAAGUGCUCACCAAAAGUGGCUCCCAACAUUACACCUGCAACUUCACCCAUGUCAGAUUGUGACCAGUGCAAUGCCAAGUUCACGCUUCUCAAGAGGCGGCGAAUUUGCAGUAUUUUUCUAUUUUUUUUAGUUUAUUUGGUUUCUUGUGUGAGAAGGGCAUUUUGCGGCACACGCAGUUGCAAUAAAUGCCGGGUGUUAAGCCAGGGGCCCUUUUGGGAAAAAUCAAAAGUGUGCCUUGUUUUAAAGGGGCCCUGAAAUUUUUUUACACCUCGUUUAAAAAAUACCACAGCAUGUACGGAAAAACGUGACCUGAUAGAGCUUGUGACACGGCACAUAAGUACCAAACAUAGAGGCACAGAUGCUACUGGAAGACAGAGAACACCUUUGAAUGGUGACAUCAACACUGUGAAUGCUAACUUGCAACCUAAUUACACUCCACCUCCUCAUUUCACUACUACCAGCGAUGAUGGUAUCCGCGUGAGGCCCAGUAACAUAUUACCUUUCGAUACCAAUAAUGGUAGUAUUCGGGUGAGAGCAGUGGCCAGUACCAGAGUUAGACCAGAUUGCCCACUCUCUCCUGACACUAAUGGUUAUGAUCCAGAAGCAGACUUUGGUAUCAGAGUGUUUGCAACAGAAGGACGGGUACACCAACAAGAUAGAGCCAGUAGUCUCUCUCCCAUCAGUGCAGAGGGUUGUUCUGAGAGUGCCGACGUACGUUGUUCACACUGCCCAAGUGAAGACUGUACAGCAUCAUGUUGUAGUCUAGAUUCUUGUAAUAAUGGGGCAUCUAGUCGGCCUUCUUGUCCCAUUAAUGCUGAUGCAUCAAGUAGAGAUAGCUUUGAAUAUAUCACCGAUAGCCAUUUCUCAGAUGCUGCUGCCUCUGAGAGAUCUGGUGAGCAAGUAGUUAACGGUGCUGGAGGGGAAAUGCCAAUUAUGCAUUUUAACUCGCUUGACAGUGUAGGAUUGAGUACCUCAGAAGCUGCAGCUGAUUCUCUUUCUGGGUCUCAGCAAUCAGCCGUACCUCAACACAGUGCAGCAUCAGAAGCUUCAUUUAUAGGCUUUAAUUCAUCAUAUGGUUCUGAAGUGGAAGCAACCCCUGUGUUGGAUACACAUCCAUCUGCUCCACCUAAUGAAGAGUUUGUGCCCACUAGUGCUACAUCAUCAUCAGCCUCGUCCUCAGCACCGCCUUCAUCAGCAUCUUCACCCGAACCAAACAAAUCUUCUGUGUCCAACAUCAUACCACUUGGGAACCUGAAAUCUGAAGAAGAUAUAAGUCGCUUAAGUGUGCGGCAGUGCAAAGAACUGCUGGCACUGCAUCGUGUCAACUAUUCAGGAAUGAGGGAAAAGUCUGAGCUUAUCAAGAAAAUAGAAAUUCUCUGGCGUGAUUACCAGAACUCUCAGCAAGAUAUUGAGGCUGUACCUGAGGAGAUGGUGUGCAAAAUCUGCAUGGAUAGUAUAAUUGAUUGUGUUCUACUAGAAUGUGGACAUAUGGUAGCUUGUACCCAGUGUGGGAAACAGAUGUCAGAGUGCCCUGUUUGUCGCCAGUACGUUGUUCGUGUUGUUCGCACUUUCAGGGCCUAAAGAACUGAUAUUCACUAUUGGACCUUUCACUUUGGCCUUAGUAUUUUAAUUGAUAAGUAUUAAUAUUCUUUGGGGACUCCAAAUAAAUUCUGUGUUUUUUUAGUUGUGGGGAUAUGAAAUAAAGGUAAUUUUUAUUGAAUUUUGCACACUUGAUGUUUCCUGAUGUGUUAUGAUGCAUAUAUAGUAAUUGCUGUAGAAAUGAAAGGAUGAAUGAGCUUGGAAAUGGGACAUCAUAAAGAAUACAGAUUUAGGUAAUAGGUUGUGGAUUUGGUGUAGUAAUUAUGGUCGCAUGGAAAAGGAUUAGUUUGUAUUUAGUAAAUAUAAAUUCUGUUUAUUUUAAUCUGUAAAUUUAGUAAAAAACAAAAAGAUUGAAAAAUGUAAAAAUCCUAACUGAAUAACAUGGAUGUAAAUGGUAUUGGUGAUGCUGACAGACUAAAAUGCUGUGCACACAUUUAUUCAUAAAUGUCCUGAACCGUACGCAAGUGUCCUUUUCCAGUGAAUUUGGAGUUUUCAAAGGGGGAUAAUUACUUAUGAUGAAUUCUUUAUAUAUUUUAAAACCAGAUAUGUAAGUACAUACUUUUUGUCAUUAACAUCUUAAGAACUAGCUGUGCAUGCUUGAAUUUCUCAAGUUUCUUGAAAAAUAAUUAAAAUGUCACUUUAUCAAUAGGUACAGUACUAAAAAUUGUCAGUUUAUGUAAAUACCUUCUGACAAACAUUGUUUAUUGUAAACAUUUACUGUUUCUCAUUGGUAUGUAAUGUUUUACCAAAUUGUUCAGUUAUGACCAAGUGCAGAGGAACUAAGUGUGAUUUGUAAGUAAAAUGUUGUGAUCAGACAUUCUCAGUGCCAGUUAAGUGUGGUAAUGUAUGUGAAUGGUAUAUAAUACCCGUAAGUUGCAGAAUUAGGCACAUGCAACAUGUGGGUGUGUGUAUUUGUAGAAGUUUCACCAUCCAGUGGCUUUAAUCAAUACAAUACAGUGACAUAAUGUGAAGAAAGUAGAACUGUAUAGAAAAGAUUAGGUAAUCAGUCCCUCAAGACUGUGGUGCUCUUCAGUUCAAAGGUUGAGGGACUGAUUACCUCAUCUUUUGUAUAUAGUUCUACUUUCUUCAGAUUAUAUCCUUGUAUUGAUAAAACCACUGGAUGGCAAAACUUCUAUAAAUAAAGAUACCCAAAUGUUAUACAUGUCAAAUUCUUCAGUGUGGUAGUACAUUUUCCUCUCAUUGCACCUACUAAUUCACUUGGUCAAUUGAUGUUUAACACCUUACAUUCAGCAAUUUUUAAACUUGCAUUAGCUGUUUCAAGACUACUAUAAAAUCUUCAACCUUUAUCAAUUACUGUGCAGCCAGAUUUUGUAAGACCUUUUUUUUUUCCAGAUGUUUACUUCAGAUAUACAGCAUUAAUAUAAUACUCAAGCUCAUUGAGAACUUGAUUGUCAGUUUUCAUAUUUUGCUCAGUCAGCAUUCUUCAUCUUGCUUUAGUUUCUGAAAAUAUUUUAAUUGUAAUGUAUUAUUUCUCUGUAAUGAAAUUGUGUGGAAUACUAGUGCAUAUAUAAAACUUCUGAGACUUUAUUUUUCCAAAGUGAGGUUGCAACUUGCCUACUUAAGUUUGAAAUGUUUUGUUUUAUUCUGGCCCUGAUAAACAGGGGAUGGUAUUCACUCUGAAGGCAUAAAUUGCCAAUUUCUGUAAAUUUUUAAUUUGUUUGAAUUGUUCAGACUAACCUGUGCACAUAAAAAAAAAGAGCUAGUACUUUGUGGUUUAUGAAGUUUUAACUGAAUUUUGUAUAGAUGAAUGAUUGAUACAAAGAGUUUAUACCUCAGUUUAGCAUGUGUAGUAAUCUUUGUUUGGACUUGAGAGGUUUAUUGUUGAGUUGAUUGAUUAAUGCAUUCGCUUUAGUGUUGCAACACUAGGGAAGACUUACUUUUAUUAAAAAAUACAAGUGUAAGUGGUAUAAUAUAUUAAAGAACAUCAUCCAAUGUGGCAGUUAGUUGUUUAUUGAUAAGUGAGCUACAGAAAGUACUCUAUAUAUACAGCAUUUUCCAGCCUUCUAACCCCCCCCCCCCCAAAAAAAAAUACUUUUGAUUUUGAAAUGAAGCUAAUUUGGCUUGCAGGAAAUGUCUUUUGUUUUACUUUGUACUACAAUAUUGUGCAUGUCGUAUUUAACAUUUCUGGAAAAGUGCAGUGAAGAAUUUUCAAAUACACAGUUAAUUUUCUUUUUCAUGUUUCUCUGUGACUAUGUAAACUUGGAAGUUGAUAACUUUUACCACACAAGUCCCUCCCAUAAUGUGUAUAUAGUCUGAAUAAUAAACAUUACAUGCAUA